AUGACGCACUUCGACCACAGUCUACAUAUCACUAUAAUCAUGUCAGAAUUAGAUAAAUGUACUGAAACAAAUUCCAAUUAUAUUAGUUGUAAACACGAAAUUUUAUCGUUACUAAUUAGUUCGAAAAAUGGUCUGACCGAACAACAGCUAAUCUCAGAUUAUUCAACAUUUAAUGGUAAACAACAAAUACCUUAUGUCAAAUUAGGUUAUAACACAUUAAAAGAUUUACUGGUGUCAAUGAAUGAUAUUGUUCAUAUUGAUCCACUUACUCAAGUACUUCAUGGUAUUCCAGAUGAAAAUACCAAACAUAUCAAAGAAAUGAUACAACAAACGCAAAACCAAUCGAAACAUUCAAAACGAAAGAAAACGAACACUAAAAAGCAUCAACAACCAAACCAACUAAAUUCGAACAUGAAUCGAUUCGAUUCUAUUCCAGUGUGGCCGUGUUAUAAUUUCGGUUAUGAUCAACAGGGAACAAUCUACCAUCCACCUCCUUUAAAUAAGCUACCACCUCCUCUUCUAUCGCUACGAGUUCAAAAUCAACCAAAACAGAAAAAACAAGUGAUCAAUGAUACUAAAGUUUUAACCGAUGUUAAAAUAUCAAAAAAAGAAAAGCCAACAAUCAAAAUUGAUAAAGAAAAAUUAGAAACAUCAGAAAUGGCUAACACUGACAACUCCAGUACAAAGUCAUCGUUGAAAAACUUAAUUAAAAACGAUGAGCAAUCAGAAAAAUCCGGAUCAUGGACUAGUGUUUUAUCCAUAAAUGAAAAAGAUACUUUAAUAACUGAUUUUGAAUCAGCAAUUUCAACAACAUCAACAGCAAUAACUGUCUCUUUGUCAUUAGUCGAUAUUGUUCAAAAAAAAUUAAAAUGGUCUGUCGAAGAAUUAUCCAAAACGGAUGAUCUAAAUCGUAUUCAAUCAUUGUGUGAUGUCGUAAAAAAAUUAACAGAAACUGUUGAAAUACUAGCAAAAUUUGAAAAAUAA